AAGAUGUGAAGUCCCACCAGGGCCCAGCUUGGUGGCUUUAAAGGGAAGAGAGUGUGGGGCUCCAGAAGGGACCCGACCCUUGUCCCUCCAGCACUGAUCCUAGCUGUCUCUGGACAGGUUCCUAAAUAUGGUUGGGGCUCAGAGUCCUUCUCUGCAGACACUGGCAGGUAGCGACCAAGAAAUAUCAUCUAUGUAAAGCCCCUGUCCAGGAGCUGCUCUGAAUGCCAGCUCUCUGGCAGUGUGGGAGAUAAAAUAUACAGGACAUGGUUAUUCCUUCAGUUGACCACGCAUUCCUUCGCCAGGCUUCACUACACUCUGGGCUACCCCAAGCCCUCUCCAUCCCCAUGGCGCAGUUGUACACAAAGAGAACACAACAGGAAGGGAUUAAGGGGCACAAGGCAGAGCACAGCUGCCUCACUAGCAUAGCUUCCAGGACUUCCCAUGGGCAAGAGAAGGACUGUUUGCCACUGCUCCUCAUUUACUACUGGCAGCCCUUUCCCUCCAUUCUCUCCACCCUGAUCCACUAAGGAGGGAGCCCAGAGCCUCCACACAUCGCCCUCAUUAGUGAAAAAAGCCAGCAGAGACCCACCUACCUCGGAUCACCACCACAACUCAAACAAAGCCCAGCUUCAAACUCCUAGUAGGCUAAAGAAGCAUGGACUUACCUGACAUGGUAGGAGACAUGGAGAAUGCCCAGGCUGUGUCGAGGCUUUGAAGCAACUACGGGAACCUCCUCUGGGGAGUUCUGGGGGUCUCUGUUUACUUGGGUUCCCAAGGACCCCAUAGGGGUCAAAGAUGGAAAUUCAUUCAUGGCCAAGAAACAUCAGAAACAGGUAAAUUUUGGGGUGGCCUGACUCUCCCCGGAGAAGCCUCAGUAAAGGAGCCAGGAACACACUGCCCCGCCUGCUCCUCACCGUGCUCUGGUAUCCCUCCCCAGACCUUUCCAACAGCGGGACUGGAGUUUGGCCACGGAUGCCAUUAUCUGAUGUACCUUUACCCAGAGUGUGUGUGCUAUCUUGGCAGUGGGCAGAACGCAUAGCCUGUGUUUGUAGGACGGCCAGCCUGGGAGGAGUUCUAGGAGAGAGGCGUACUGAACCAAGGCCAGAGACUACCCAGCCCUGAGAAAGACAAUACACUGGUGCUGUCCGGUAGCCACUGAGGUGGAAAGGAAGCUGCAGCAGAGGGGCACAGACACCACGGGGCCCCAUGGCUGAGAAGGCCUCAGAGAAGAGAGGACUGUGGAACAGGGCUGCUCCCCAGGAUGCCUCUCAGGGCCUCCAGGACAGCUUGUUCUCCUCCGAAAGUGACAACAGCCUAUACUUCACCUACAGUGGCCAGUCCAACACCUUGGAGGUCCAAGAUCUCAGCUACCAGGUCGAUAUGGACUCCCAGGUGCCCUGGUUUAAGAAGCUGGCUCAGUUCAAGAUGCCUUGGACAUCUCACAAGGAUUCUUGUGAUCUGGGCAUCCAAAACCUGAGCUUCAAAGUGAGAAGUGGGCAGAUGCUGGCCAUCAUAGGGAGCUCAGGCUGUGGGAGAGCCUCUUUGCUGGACGUGAUCACCGGGAGGGACUACGGCGGCAAAAUUAAGUCAGGCCAAAUCUGGAUCAAUGGGCAGCCCAGCACGCCUCAGCUGGUGAGGAAGCAUGUGGCCCACGUGCGCCAGCACGAUCAGCUGCUCCCUAACCUAACCGUCCGUGAGACCCUGGCUUUUGUUGCCCAGCUACGCCUGCCCAGAACCUUCUCCCAGGCUCAGCGCGACGAAAGGGUGGACGACGUGAUCGCCGAGCUGCGCCUGCGCCAGUGCGCCAACACGCGUGUGGGCAACGCGUACGUGAGGGGCGUGUCGGGCGGCGAGCGGCGCAGAGUCAGCAUCGGGGUGCAGCUGCUGUGGAAUCCAGGAAUCCUCAUCCUGGAUGAGCCCACCUCCGGGCUCGACAGCUUCACGGCCCACAACCUGGUGAAAACCCUGUCCCGGCUGGCCAAAGGCAACCGGUUGGUGCUCAUCUCCCUCCACCAGCCUCGGUCGGACAUCUUCAGGCUGUUUGAUUUGGUCCUCCUGAUGACGUCCGGCAGCACCAUCUACUUCGGGGCAGCCCAGCACAUGGUGCAAUACUUCACAGCCAUCGGCCACCCCUGUCCUCGCUACAGCAACCCUGCCGACUUCUACGUGGACUUGACUAGCAUCGACAGGCAAAGCAGAGAGCAGGAAGUGGCCACCAGAGAGAAGGCUCAGUCCCUUGCGGCCUUGUUUCGAGAAAAAGUUCGUGGCUUUGAUGACUUUCUGUGGAGAGCCGAGGCAAGGGAGCUGGGUGAGGGCACUUGCCCAGAGAGCCGGGCCCUCCCCCAGGACACCGACCAGCCCCCAACUCCCAUUGAGCUGCCUGGCUCUAUGCAGCAGUUCACCAUGCUGAUCCGUCGUCAGAUUUUCAACGACUUCCGAGACCUGCCAACUCUCCUCAUCCAUGGAGCAGAGGCCUGCCUGAUGUCCCUGGUCAUCGGGUUCCUCUAUUAUGGCCACGGGGCCAUCAAGCUCUCCUUCAUGGACACAGCUGCCCUCUUGUUCAUGAUUGGAGCUCUCAUCCCUUUCAACGUAGUCUUGGAUGUCAUUGCCAAAUGUCACUCAGAGAGGGCAAUGCUUUACUAUGAACUGGAAGAUGGUCUCUACACUCCUGGUCCCUAUUUCUUUACUAAGAUUCUAGGGGAGCUUCCGGAGCAUUGCGUCUACAUCAUCAUUUAUGCGAUGCCCACCUACUGGCUGGCCAACCUGCACCCGAGCCUCGAGCCCUUUCUGCUACACUUCCUGCUCGUGUGGCUGGUGGUCUUCUGCUGUAGGAUCAUGGCGCUGGGUGCCGCCGCCCUGCUCCCCACAUUCCAUACAUCCUCCUUCUUUGGCAACGCUCUCUACAACUCCUUCUACCUCACUGGGGGCUUCAUGAUAAGCUUGGACAAUCUGUGGACAGGUAAGACCUGCUCCCCUCCCUUGCUCAAGCCUUUUGAGGCCUUCUAGGUCUGGAUGAAGCCUGCUUUCACCUGGGGAUGAGAACUCACCAUUUAGAGCCAAGUGGAGCCUGGUUUUUCUGGGAGCCAACUGUCCUGCUUGUCAAAGAAUGACUCCAUGAGAGGGUGCAGAUGGCACCUUCUAUCCCCCAGCUGAUACCUGGAGGUCACCCUUGAUUCUCUCUCACUCUCCACAUUCUCUAGUGAGUCAGAUCAGUUCUGCCUCUCACAUCUUUCUGAAAUGUCCACUUGCCUGAUCCCCCAGGCUGGCCUUAUUGUCGGGUCUCAGACCACCACAGUGGUCCCUGUGACCCUGGUCCUUCUGUGUCCCUCUUGACCCUCGCCCACGCAGAGGGCACUUUGUAAGGUUCAAAUCCAUGUCACUGCUCUUCUCAGGCCCUCUGGGGGGCUAGCUCCCUGUUGCCCCCACCUUGCUCUUCUGAAGUCCCCAGCACACUUCAUGCACUCACAUCUGAGCAUGUGUGGCUCUUCUCUGUAGGGCACUGUCUGCCCCUGCCCACAUCUCCAUGGCUGCUCUCUUCUCCAGACCAGCCAGGCUGGGCUUGUUCCUUCCUCUUGCUCCUGGCUCAGUGCGUCAUGGCAUCAGGGCAUGGACUCAAGAUUCUCAGCUCUGCCUCCAUGAAGCUGAGCCCAUGCUGGGACACCUCAUAAAUGACUCUUUGAAAUUGUUACUUAUCCAACAUGUGGGGACGCACCCUCAGCUACGUGGCCCCCUCCACUCCACCCCAUGUCCCAAGCUGUCACUCUGGCCCUUUCGGCCUCUCCCCGCCCUCCUUCCAACUCAGGGACCUUGCUUUCCUUGGGGCAGAGCCGCCAGAGCCCUGUGUUCAUGAGUCCUUCCCAGGGAGCACGUGGUCAGCCUGUGUGAGUAACAUAGCUCUCACUGU